UGCUCUUGUGCCCCCCAUGUGACCACGGUGCGAAUUUGUUCUGGCCUGUUUAACCCUGUUUCAUUAAAAAUCCGUGGCUCGCUUGGCAUUCAGAAGCGUUUGGUCACACUGGAUCCAAUGUUUUCCUCCACCCAGUUCUUGGACUCGGAGAUGGGCGUGGCUAAACGUCUGUCCAUUCGGAAUGGAACAGGGCGGGGGCUUUGCGCAUGCGCGCUGCGCUCUUUCUGUCCUUCUUGGCGCAUCAGCGGAGAAAAGGAGAGCAGAUAGACAUUCUUCUUUCUUUCCCUGUGAUUUCUCUCUUUCUCUUUUUGCGCUUCGGCUCGAUCGUCUCCGACUUCCGUCGCACAGCACGGCCUGAUUUCCUCUCCUUGAAAAGCGUUGGAGAAUUUUUUUUAAAUUUUUGACAUCUAUUUCAGCCAUAACGGUUCAUCCAAAAGAGGGUGAAGAUGUCCGGAUAUCAGGGCAAGAAGAACAUCCCUCGCAUCACUAGUGAGCGCUUGCUCAUUAAAGGAGCGAAGAUUGUGAACGAUGACCAGUCCUUCUCCGCAGACAUCUACAUGGAGGAUGGACUCAUCAAGCAGAUUGGGGAGAACCUGAUUGUCCCAGGUGGGGUGAAGACGAUCGAUGCCCACGGCCGCAUGGUGAUGCCGGGUGGCAUCGAUGUCCACACUCGCUUCCAGAUGCCUGACCGAGGCAUGACGGCAGCCGACGACUUUUAUCAGGGCACCCGCGCGGCAGUGUCAGGAGGAACCACCAUGAUCAUUGACCACGUGGUUCCCGAGCCCGGUACCGGUCUGAUAGCGGCGUUUAAUCAGUGGCGUCAGUGGGCCGACAGCAAGUCGUGCUGCGAUUACUCGCUCCACGUCGACAUCACCGAGUGGCACAAAGGCAUCCAGGAGGAAAUGGAGACGCUCGUCAAGGACCAUGGUAUUAACUCUUUCCUGGUCUACCUGGCUUACAAGGACAUCUUCCAGCUGACCGACUCUCAGAUCUACGAGGUGUUCAGCGUGAUCCGGGACCUCGGCGCCAUCGCACAGGUCCACGCUGAGAACGGAGACAUCAUCGCGGAGGAGCAGCGUAGAAUCCUGGAGUUGGGAAUCACCGGACCGGAGGGACACGUUCUGAGCCGUCCAGAGGAGGUGGAGGCCGAGGCGGUGAACCGCUCCAUCACGGUGGCCAAUCAGACCAAUUGUCCUCUUUACAUCACCAAGGUGAUGAGCAAGAGCGCAGCUGAUGUCAUCGCCCAGGCCAGGAAGAAAGGCACCGUGGUAUACGGGGAGCCAAUCACGGCCAGUCUUGGUACAGACGGCUCGCACUAUUGGAGCAAAAACUGGGCCAAAGCUGCAGCAUAUGUGACCUCGCCACCCCUGAGUCCGGAUCCCACUACACCCGACUAUCUCAACUCCCUGCUGUCAUGUGGCGACCUCCAGGUGACAGGAAGUGCCCACUGCACCUUCAACACCGCGCAGAGAGCCGUUGGGAAAGACGACUUCACCCUCAUCCCUGAGGGGACCAACGGCACAGAGGAGAGGAUGUCCAUCAUCUGGGACAAAUGUGUGGUGUCUGGGAAGAUGGAUGAGAACCAGUUUGUGGCCGUGACCAGCACAAACGCAGCUAAGAUCUUCAACCUGUACCCCCGUAAGGGCCGCAUCGCCGUGGGAUCAGACGCUGACCUGGUGCUCUGGGACCCCGACAUCACCAAGAUCAUCUCGGCCAAGAGCCACAAUCUGGCGGUGGAGUACAACAUCUUCGAGGGCAUGGAGGUGCGUGGAGCUCCGCUGGUGGUCAUUAGCCAGGGAAAGAUUGUUCUAGAGGACGGAACCCUGCACACCACUGAGGGCUCAGGACGCUACGUGACCCGAAAACCAUUCCCUGACUACGUCUACAAGAGGAUAAAAGCCCGCAGCAGGCUUGCUGAGUUGAGGGGCGUUCCUCGUGGCCUGUACGACGGCCCGGUGUGUGAAGUUACCGUGACUCCCAAGGCUGUUACCCCUGCUUCUUCAGCCAAAACAUCUCCAGCCAAACAGCAAGGUCAGCCUGUCAGGAACCUGCACCAGUCUGGCUUCAGCCUCUCUGGUGCUCAGAUUGACGAUAACGUUCCACGUCGCAGCACUCAGCGCAUCGUGGCACCCCCUGGUGGCAGGGCUAACAUCACCAGCCUGGGUUAGAGCUCUCAGCUCCCUGCAGGAGAUCAGGGGGUUGGGGGGUGUUUACAAGUGGAGGUGUUUCCGAUACCAACGCUAGGUCCAGAGUCGAGACUCUCCACUCCUGAAACCCACUAACCCUCCUUUAAUCUCAUAGUCCCCUACUUUUACCCCGUUUUCCCUCCUUGCCCCAAAUCCCUAAACCCUCUCCUUUAGGAGAAAUUUAACGAAAAAAAAAAAGAAGUAUUUGCCUCAUGUGAAGAUAAAAGUAAAAUAAUUAACACUCCAUAUUUGAGCACCUUGAUUGUAUGAUUUAGCAUUUUUUAUACUGUAUUUUUUACCUAUCGUGUGCCAUUUUAUAGAUCUUUUUUUUUUCUUUCCUUUAUUUAACACCUUUUUUUAAUUGGAGGGGUCCAGAUAAUAGGCUAAGCGGUUAUUGUUUACCAUUAAAACUUUAUUUAACAAGGUGAGUGGCAUAUAGAGUCCUAGCUUUGAGCACGUUCCAGUGGCAUAACGUUGUUUUUCCGUCAUUGUAGGGUUUUAAUAUCAUUUAGGAUUGUUAAUAUUCAUUGCGUAAUCGGCGACACGUUAAAACUAAAGGCCGUUCAUUUUUGUCGCACGCGAGCGCUAACUCGUAAACGUCGGCUUUUAGGCCAGAAAUUGAUCCAACUUAAAGUGCACCUAUUGUGGUUUUGAAACGUGCCUAAUUUUGUUUUAAAGCUCUCAUACGAUCGAUUUACGUACAUCCGAGGUCAAAAAAACUGCAGCGUUACCGUUUUUCCCCCCAGUGUCACAAACGACUCGUUAAAUGAUUCGUUCUAAAGGAUUCGUUCUAAAGUUCUCCUUUCAGAGAGCAUACUCUGCUCUGAUUGGUCAGACGUCCCUGUCUGUCGUGAUUGGUCUACCGCUGUCAGCGAGCAGACGAUGAAGAUCAGAGGCGGGGGUUUUUUUGUUACGAACCUACGUAGGUUAGUACAGGAAGUAAAGUCUGGAAUCACUAACGAGUCGUUUCGGCCGUUCAGAAUCGGUUCCUUCUUUCGGGAGUCGAUAACUCCGUUUGUCGUGCGCUUUGAUUUUUGAAACUUUACAGACUUUUUACAUUCGCAAACAGCUACGUAUAGAACACGCUACAUGAAAGGGAAUAUCUGAAAAAACCAUCGUAGGUGCACUUUAAGUGUAUUCGUUUGGCGUAAAUGAAAAACAUCAGGACACAAUUCAAGCGAUUUGGCCACCCGAUCUGAAGAAAUCAAAUCCAUACGAGGAAGCAGCUUUAAUGCUUCGAAGUUAGUUUUGUGAUUGGUAGUUGAGGAAUUGUGCACUGUUUAGUCAUUUUAAAAGGUGAGCUGUGUGGAAAUCGGCACCCCGUGUGAGGACUUUUCUGGCUCGUUUUAAUUCACCGAGAUGCAGAUGGGAAAUUGCAGAGACGAACGUCCUUUUUUUUUUUUUUUUUUUUAAAUAAAGUUUGCAUUGUUAUGGUUGUUUUAUAUUCAUGUAAAAUGUGGGAUCGUAACUUCUGCCAUUCCUGUAAAUCGGGAUUUCGGAGCCAGAUCCGUCAUCUUGGCUUAUUAUUAUUAUUAUAAUUGUGCUUCUCUUCAUUUUUUUUGUGUUUUUUACUUAUUUUAAAUUCCUCCAUUACAUUCUGUGUUAAUGAAUGUGAUAAUAUGGAUAACGUUUUUGGAUUUUUUUUUGUUUUUUUUUUACGUCCACGGAAAUGCAAACGUAACAUCUUAUGAUUUUAGACUAACCUAACACUUAUCUUUAUGCCUGUGCCUAAAGUAACAGAAGCGUACUGAUCGUUUUAAGGCUUUUAUUAUUAUUAUUAUUUUUUUUUUUGGAAAUAUUUUUUAUUUUUAUUCGAUUAAACUUGCUGAUGAAAAAAAAAAAAGAAAAAAAGAAAAAAAAAAGAAGGCUAUAGACGUAGAAUAGCCGAAGUAAACCGAUGCAAAGGUGCCAGAUUUUUCUUCUCAACCCCUUUUCCGCAAGGGUCUUGUUCGAGAUUCUGUGUCGCAGUGCCAUUACAGGGGUGUAAAUGUCAAUGUUAGUGAUGUAGUGCAAUGGAUGAUCAUUUACAAUAAGGGACUUUCACCACACUGAAAUACACAUCGACUGACCGCGUUUUCAACAUUAAAAAAAAAAAAGAUAAAAAAGAAGGGUUGAGCCAUUUUUUUUAGCAUGGAAUCCGUCCGUACGGACCAUAACAUAGCUGUAGUGUUGUGAAAAAGUGUCACGCUGGAUCUUUGUGUAACUCUCUCACGGGAUCCUCAGGAUCACCCGUGUUUUUAAAUUUUUGUGUGUUUUUUUUUUUUGCUUUUUUUUUUUUUUUUUUACCCGUCUUUUCUCUUUUUUUCCCCUCAAAACAUCUGCUCUGUUUUUCUCUCAUCUGCAGAAAUCUUGGCUCCUCUGUCACUCACCUUUUCCUCCCCAUGACUACAUAAACACACACACACACACACACACGCAUAGAGAUUUGUCUGCUUUAUUACGCCGCCUUCCCACGAGUGCGAGUCGUAAGCUCUUGGCUUCCAGUUCCUCAAGCUGUUUUAACUCUAUAAGGAAUUUGGAAUAAGAUUGCGAGAGACGUAGCGCUGACGGUCCCGAGCGAAGGGGGUAAGCGAGGGGAUUUCCGAAUGGAAGUUAGAGAAGGAUCAGAGGAGCGUAUUAGCAGCGUUCUUUACCUCUCACGGAAUUCGGUGCUGAACGUGGGGGGGGGAGAAAAGGAAAAAAAAAAGCGUACGGUCCAAACGACAUUUCUUCAGCAUGAGGCCCCUCUUUUCUUUGUUGAUGAAAUGGCUUCGGAGGCUUUACUGGGAUCUCGCCAACAUUUUAUUUUUAUUUUGAAUCGCAGUUCCUUUAUCAUUCCUCAUAUUUCAUUUACCGAACCAUGUCUGUUUUCCUCUGUGACUUCCCUCCUUCCUGCAUUCAUGUGUUUUCCGGCGUUACUAUGACUACGGCUCAGUGUUUGUCAUGGCAACACACUCUGAUACGUCGGAAGUUGCCCGUAGCAACCCUUCCAGACACGGUGCUAUAAAAACAACAUUGACUCAUUUGGACCGUCGUCUUUUCUUUCUUUUUCUCUCUUUCUUUUUUUUUUUUUUUUUUUUUGGAAAGUUGUUCCACGACUGUAAGAUAAAACACAUGUUUUUGUUUCUGUCUCGACUGGGAACGGUUCAACAUGUCGUCACGCGUCGCGCUUUCCCGUCUUCGGUGACAUGAUGUUCUCCUCUUGUCUGGGGGUUGCAUGUUCUCGAAGGUUCUGUGUGUGGUGCAGAACUGGAUAGAGCUACACAACACCAUACCUUCCGCCCCACCCCCUCCCC